AACAUGAAAGAUAACCCUCCCUGUAAUACCCUUUUCAUUGGAAAUCUUGGUGAAACUGUUGUUGAAGAGGAAUUGCGGGGCCUCUUCAGUGUACAACCUGGUUUCAAACAAAUGAAAGUGUUGCGUCAAGACAGGAACACCGUCUGUUUUAUUGAGUUCGAUGAUGUGAGCACUGCUUCUGCUGUGCACCAUACUUUACAGGGUGCUGUUGUUCCUAGUUCUGGCCGCGGUGGGAUGCGAAUCCAAUUUUCAAAAAAUCCCUUCGGGCGAAGGAAGGACUUAGUUGGUGGCAUGGUCGGCAUUCUGAAUGGUGCUCCUGUUUGAGGGGAUGUAUCUUGAACUUUAGCAUGACAUCUUGAAUUAUCAUCUGCAUUGUUUUAGCCAAAUCUGUUCCUGUCAUGUGCGACAUCAGCAUCUUCAUUGGGUGGAGUUUCUGGGGCAUGAUCAUCAUCUUCAUUAAGUGGAGUUUCUGGGAUAUCAUCAUCAUCUGAUAGACAUUGCAUUGUCACUAUUUUCAUUGUUGGCGGUUUCAACUUCUUUAAAUUAGCUAUUGUGGUUUGAGAAGGCCACUCUGAAUGUCUCCUAGACAUGCAUUUGGCAUCUGUCAUGAAUAUUUUGUAGUGUUAUGUAGUUUUUCCAGUGUGCAGUUGCAAUAUUUCAUGUGGUAAUGGCAUUGCCACAUUAUGAUCUGGACAUCCUGUAAUAGUAUAACCGAUUUAUUUGGCUUGCUGACAAUUCAGUGUUGAGGGAUGUUGGGAUGGUUCA